GUUGUCCGCUGCCCGGGGAGACCCCAGAGCCGCCGGACGGCGAGGGCCGGGAGGGGGGCGGCGACCCCGGACUCGGCGUCUGGGCGGUGGGGGCGCCGCUGCCCGGCAGGGUCGGGUCCCCAGGAGCCCUGCGGGCCCUGGCCAGGGGACCUGAGGCGUGCGUGUGGCCCCGCUCUCGCUCCCAGGUUCGGAGGCUCGGAACAUGGAAGGCGGUCUUUCCCCCUUCAUCCCAGACUACGAGGCGGCCGACGCCUGCGACCCCCAGCCCUCGCCGCAGGGCAGUGCCAGCGCGCCCCCGGCCGACGGGGACCCGCGGUCGUCGCCGGACAGCUCGGCCCUCUUCCCCCAGAGGUGCGGGCCCGCCGUCGAGGGGGAAGCCCCCAUGGGCCCCGAGGAGGAGGAGGAGCAGGAAGAGGAGGAGGAGGAGGAGGGAGCGGAGGGCUUGGAGGGCUGCCUGGAGGAGGCCCGGCUGCAGCUGGAGGAGGGCGAGCAGCACUGGCAGGACGGCUGCUUCUACCGGGGGCAGUUUGGGCUGAACACGAAGCUGGGAUUCGGCGAGUUCUCCUGGCCCACGGGCGAGUCCUACCGCGGGCAGUUUUACCGGGACCACUGCCACGGCCUGGGCACCUACGUGUGGCCGGACGGCUCCAGUUUCACAGGCACGUUCUACCUCAGCCGCCGGGAAGGCUACGGCACCAUGUACAUGAAGACAAGGGUCUUCCAGGGGCUGUACAGGGCGGACGAGCGGUUUGGGCCCGGCGUGGAGACCUACCCCGACGGCAGCCAGGACGUGGGGCUGUGGUUCCGCGAGCACCUCAUCAAGCUGUGCACGGAGGCACCCCGCGGCUUCUCCCUGCUCAGCCACCCCGAGCUCGCCUGCUUCUCCGAGCAGUCCAGGGCGAGACUCAGCCCCUCGGAGGAGGGCAGGGCGGAGUGCGGCCCGCAGCAGGCGCAGGACCCCUUUCUCUACGAGUACAAGCGGUUUCUCCUGCACGAGGAGCUGCCGCUGCCGCCCGACAUGUACGUCUACUCCACUGACCACUGCCACCUGCCCAUGACGCGCGCCUUCCGCAGAGAACUGGACGCCUGGAUCUUCCUGGACGACGCCCCCCUGUUUGUUGAGGACGAGGAACCCUGGCUCAUAACAAAUGAGACCCCUUUGUUGGUCAAAAUCCAGAAGCAAGCCUACAAGUUCAGGAACAAGAAGGCUCACAGCGGCUGGAACAUGGGUGCCAUCCUGGAGGGGAACCGCGAGGGCUUUGCACACUGUGGGCCCAAGGAGCAGCUUUCCCGGGAGAUGAUCCUAAAGGCCGAGGAAGGGGACCACGACUGGAUUGCCGGGAUCCUGAAGGACAAUCUUGCCAACGCCAAUGUGGCUGAUGCCAAGGGCUACACCGUGCUGGCCGCAGCUGCCGAGCCUGGCCUUCUCUUCCUCCAGGUUCAUUGUCAUAUGGACGUCGUCAACCUUCUUCUGGACUUUGGGGCUGACGUCAACAAGCGCACGGACGAGGGUGUCACGCCACUCAACAUGUGCUUCCUCCUCCACUACCCUGCCAAGUCCUUCAAGCCCAACAUUGCCGAGAGGACCUUGCCCGAGCCCCAGGAGCUCCCCAAGCCCCAAGGCAUUCCAAAUCUCACGUUUUCACUGGACGAAAUGGACGCAGAGCCUGGGGACGAGGGGCCGGCGCCUGUGCAGGACAGCCCUGAGCAGCUGCAGGCGCUGCACGCCCCAGACGCCGAGGGCAGCCCUGGUCCGGGCCCCCAGCAGUCUCCAGAGGCCACCGUGCCGAUGGCCUGCGCUCAGGAGCAGGACUGCCCCUUGGCGAAGGGCAGCGCUGGGGACGCAGACAAGGCGAACCCGGACAAGUGCACGCUGUACAGCAACGAGACCCACUUCGAGUCCAAUCUCUGUGUGCACAACUUCUGCAUCGAGGUCUCGCAGGACAUCCUGGAGAUGGGGGCGCAGGCCCACAGCAUGCUGCCCGCGCCCCCCGCCAGGGACAAAGGGACCAUGAGGAAGAUGGCGCUGUCCAUGGUGGAGCACAGGAACAGGUGGCUGACCAUCAAGCUGCUGCUGCACCGAGGGGCAGACCCCAACCUGUGCUGCGCGCCCGUGCAGGUCCUGUUCUUGGCGGUCAAGGCCGGGGACGUGCACGCAGUGAAGCUGCUCCUGGAGAGCGGGGCCAGGACGGACAUCCGGCUCCCCCAGCAGCUGGGGGCCCUGACCCCGCUCCACAUCGCCGCCGCCCUUCCCGGCGAGGAGGGCGUCAAGAUCACCGAGCUCCUGCUGCACUCCAUCACCGACGUGGACGCCCAGGCGGCCGACCAGGACCACGUGUACAAGCCCAACAAGAUGGACCUGCAGUCCUCAAGCCUGAAGCUGAGCAACGAGCCCGGACCGCCCAGCACCUACUACAGCCCGCACACGAGCGUCCCGGAGGAGGGGGGCAGGACGGCGCUGCACGUGGCCUGUGAGCGCCAGGACAAUGACCAGUGUGCCACGGAAGUAGUCCGGCUCCUUCUGUCCCACAGGGCGAACCCUAACACGCUGUGGAGUGGGCACUCCCCACUGUCGCUGUCCAUCGCCAGUGGGAAUGACCUGAUCGUGAGGGAGCUCCUGUCCCGCGGGGUUGACCCCAACCUGCCCCUGAGCAGAGGCCUGGGGAGCGCCCUGUGCGUGGUCUGCGACAUCGCCCACGAGCAGCUGAGGAGUACCAGCAGCAGGCUGGCCCUGGUGGACGAGCUCAUUCGCCAUGGGGCUGACAUCCUGAAGCCGGUGACGCUCACACAGGGGGACAAAGUGGCUGUGGGCACAGCUGUGGACUACGGCUACUUCAAGUUCUUCCAGGACCGGAAGAUCGCACACUGCCCCUACCACGCGCUGAUGCCCGCGGAGCGAGAGACGCUGCUGGCCCGGAAGAGGUUGCUGGAACACAUGGGCACCCAGCUGCGCCUGGCCGUCCUCGCCAAGGAGAGCCAGUGGGAUGCCAGGGCGCUGUGCCUGAGCAAGAGAGGGAACUGCUCCCAGACAAGAGCAGGCUCAGCACAGCUCCUCCAGGAUCUCAGCUGUCAAGUUCUCUCCCGUUCACGUGGGGCUGCAGGCGCCGUGAUGGCAGCAGCAACCUCGGGCCGGAAGAACAACGUUGGAGUCCCCUUCUCCAGUUUCAGACGAAGUCGGUGCCACACAGAGCAGAGCAGCCGAGUGGAACGGAGGGCCCCCAAGUAAGCACACAUUUCCGUGCUUGGCUGGUUUUCAGUGAGGGCCUUGACGUCACACAGUGGGAUGAAGACGGGACAUGUGCUGGGGCAACUGGGCGUUUGUGGUGGAAUGAGAAGGCCAUGCCAAGAUGGCCGCUGACAAUGGAGCCUGCCUGGCAAUAGGCUGUGAUUGGAUGGCUUCGGAUACUGCCUGGCAACAAGGUGUGAUUGGUUAGGGCAUAGACCGCCCCUUGACUGGAUUGGCUGCCUUGGCUAUAUAAGCUGCUGCACCAACUGAAAUAAAUGAGUCUGUGGGCUGCUUGCCUCUGGCCUGCUUUCACCCAACUCCCGGGGUCUGUGUGGUGACUCCACGCCUCUUGCCCCACCAUGCUGUUCCUCUCAGAAUGAAUCCACAGCAACAGGCAUCCACAGGCAGAAGAGUGACGCCAGCCACCCUCCUCCUCGCCCCCUACCACAGAUGGCUGACCUUGGAUCAGAGACCUAAGUGUGGGGGCGUUGGAGGGAGAGCUCUUGACCCUGGACUUGGCCGGGUUCCUGGGUUUGAUACUGAAAGCCUGGACUGCACGCAUGAUCAAAAUGAAAGCCUUUAGUAUUUUAGAGGCCGCUGUGGAGAAACUGCAAGCACAGUUCACAUAGCCCCCGUGAAGAGAGAGGGCCUGUGCCAGCCAUGUUCCUCGCAGAGACCUGUGUGACCCCGAGGCGAAGGCAAAUAACCAGGCCUCAGGAUGGACAGGGGGUGGCAGGGACUUCACGCAGCUCGUGCGAAGUGCAAUUAAAAGAUACGCUCAUUUUGGUGCAAAAAAUGGCCGUGCAUAUGAGUGUGAGUAGAAAUUUCUUCAAAAAAGACACUGAUGGCCAACAAAACAAGCAACGAUGCUCAAUACUGAGUUACUGGAGCUGCACAGACUGCACUGAGGCAUCACCUCGCCCCGGGUGGGGUCUGGCCCCACUGUCAGGCGCUCAGUCUGAAUGUGGGGCUUGGAGCCGGGGCCUUGCACUCAGAAGAGACACACACACACUCGCACACACACUCACACAGACACACCUACCACCACACACGCACUCACACAGACACACCUACCGCCACACACGCACUCACAUAUAGGGACACCUACCACCCCACACUCACACAUAGACAGACACACUGACAUACACACCACACACAUAUGCACCCACACACAUACACACCACACAUAGACACACCCACUGCCACACACACACAUAUGCACACACAUACACCACACACACUAUAUAUCGCCCAUACCCACACACGUACACACACAUAUGCACACACACAUAUGCACACACACCCACCCACCCAUCCCCCCACACACCCCCCACACAAAAGCACCCUCCACAUACACACAACUUACACACACACCCCACACACAUAUGCACACACACACACACCCAUCCCCACACACACACCCCACACCCAUAAGCACCCCCCACGUACACACAACCUACACACACAUACACACACAUAUGCACACACACCCCCCACCCACCCAUCCCCACACACACCCCACACCCAUAAGCACCCCUAAAUACACACAACCUACACACACAUACCACACACAUGCACACACACAGACCAUACACAUAAGCACCCCCCACAUACACACAACCUACACACACACAUGCACCCCACACACAUAUGCACACACAUGCACCCCACACACAUAUGCACACACACAUGAACACACACACCAAUCCCCCCACACCCCACACACAUAAGCACCCCCCCACAUAACAACCUACACACACAUACACACAUAUGCACACACACACCAUACACACAUAUGCACACACACACACGUGCUUCCUGCCUUGCUCCGCAAACACUGCCUUCAAGGCCGUCACAGACCAGCCCCUGCCCAGCUGAGGGUUUUUUUAUAGUCAGACAGCACUCACAAGUGUCAGGAAGUCGCAGCGCUCAGUGUGGCUGAGGCUGUGGGGAAGUCGCAGCUGGUGACCGUGGAAAAGGCUGUAACGCUUUGGGGGGUGGCCCGGCUGCGCCUCGGGGCGUUAAGCAUGGAGCCAGUCUGUGGCCCAGCCAUUCCCUCCUCUGCCUGCCGUUAGCCACAGUGACGAAGACACCAUCCAUGCAGAAUCACAAGUGGAAAGUGAUACGUGCCCAGCAACCGGUGAACGAAGGACCUGGGGUCCCUCGUGGGUUGCCAUGUCGCUCAGCCGCAGGGGGGGGCACGGGCCCUCGCUUGCCAAGCGGGCGAGCCUCGGCAUCAGCGCUGGUGGGAGGAGCCAGCGGUAGGAGCCCCUGCGUCUUGUGAUUCUGUUGAUAGGAAAGGCGCGGGACAGCAGGGGUGCUGUGGAGGCAGAGGGACACCGUGGUUGCUCAGGGCCGGGGGCCGGGAGCCAGGUGGUGUUCUGGGUGCUGGCCGUGUUCCCCAGCUGGUGGUGCUGGUGCUGGCCCCAGGGGGCCGUAGCAUUGUUCAUUGACACGGGGGCUUUGAGUGAUCUCCCCGUAAAGUGGAGUUUUGAUAACAGUCCCGCCUCUGUGGCACACGGAAGUCCCUCUCUCCGUUGUCACACACCUGGAUUUUGGAGAAGUGACUGACAGCCGACGCUGUCACAGACCAGGCUAGAAGCACUCCCCUGUCCUGUGGCUGCACUGUCGCACAGCAGCGAGGGGAGUGGCCUUGGGCGCUGGGCGGGCAGGGAGGGUUGGGCGAGGAGCAAGGGGCGCCCACCGUCUCACUCCGGGCCGGCUGCUGUCUCUGAGGCUCCUGACGUAAGGGGCAGCAGGCCUGUGGGACCAGCUUUCUCGUGGUGGCUGACAUGGUGUUCAAGGACAGGGAGCUGAGGCCCGUGGUGGCGCCCUGUGUGGUCCUGUGGAAGUUACUGCUCGGGGGUUCUUGGCUACUGUGCCCCUGCCGCCAGCUGCCAGAGAGCAGGCCAGGCGUGUCCCCUCUGCAGAGGGGCUGUGAGCUGGGCAAGGCUGAGAGUAGCUAGUGUGGUGGCCAGGGGGACCCUGCAGGGGUGAGGUGUGGAUGGCCAGUGCAGGUUGACCGGGAGGCUGCAGAUAAGAGGGCGUGGGUGGGGGUGUGGGGGGAGCCUGAGGGCUGAGCCCCCUCCCGGGAGCCUGGGCCCACCCCACUCUGCCUCCAUGCUCCUGCUGCGGUGCCUGCCUUCCCGCAGUGCGCAGGGAGGUGGCGUCCACUGUGCUGGCCCUACCCCGUUGCUGACGUGGGUC